GCGUGCGCGCUCUCUCUCGUUCUCUCUCUGUGUCGGCGGGGUUGCUGUCGUUACCGGCCCAGCCUGGGGACGCGGCGGAGGGUGGCCGCUGAAGCAGGCGCCGGGGGUCGUAGCGGGUGAGAGCGGCGCUGAGUGAACCCGUUUUGCAGGAUGAGCACUGUGACUGAAGAAGUUAAGCCGGAAGAUGGCAAACCGGAAUCUGAAAAAAAAAUAUUUUUUUGUGAAGUUUGUAAAGUUCCAUGUAUGAGUUCUCUAAGUCUUCAGUCACACUAUCGUGGUGUAAAGCAUAAAAAGAAAGAGAAAGCCCUGAGACCCGAGACUGUCUAUUAAGCUGAGAACAUGAAUCCAGGCUGUCGUAUGUCAAUGAAAACAAGAGUUGUGGUGAAAGGUUGAAAACGUGGGAUAUAACUAGCUCACAGUGGAAAUGGAAGUCUUGUUGUAAAGGCACUGAUGAUGACAUACAAGAUUUUUAAAGUACAGGAAGCAGAGAACAUUGGCAGCCUGGCCUCUUAAGAAACAAGGCUUACAUUCUGGCUUUGUCAUCUGUUCCCCAGUAUCUUUUGAAUCUCUCAGCCUUUUUGAACCAAGUUGAUCAAGGGUUCCUGAAAUUACACAUCUGCACAGAGAAGAGAGAUGGUAUCAAUCCUCUACUGAGGGAAGUGCUGCAGACUGAGCUCACUACUUACUGGACCCUGAAGAAUCAACACGAGAAAGAUUUAGAAAAGCACUGGUCAGAGUCCAUUGUCGAAGAGACUGGGCUUCAUUAGCUGCUCUCGUGGUUUGGUGUUGACAAGAGAAUAUCAGUGCAAGACAUGUCAUUCAAGUCCUCCAGAUCCGGUCCAAACUCCGAUGAAGUAUGAAACACAGAGACCAGUGAAGAGAGGACUCACAAAGGACAUAACCUGUCUGAAGGAUUUUAUGAAUGAUCCCAUAAGAGAUGAACCGCUAGUUGGUUUAGAACAUGUGGUUGAAAUCAGAUUUGAAGGAAGAAAAGAGCCGCAUUAUGAAUGCAAGCUGUGUGGGUUGAAUACAGAGAUGGCACCUAUGAUAGAACAUCUUAGUGGAUAUAAACACAGAAGAGCGUACAUCUCUAAAGAAUUUCCAGAUAAAAUGAAGAAAAAGAAAACGGAUGUAAGAGAAUGCAAAGUCUCAUUUUUCAGACGGAUAGCAGGGGAGCUAGAGAAGACUGAAGGAUUAAAAAUGUACAAGAUCGAAGGUUACGUAAGACCAAGUACCUCACCCCCAUCAAAGAAGAAAGCAAGGCGGGAAGAUUACUGUAAGCACGAGAAUGAUCCUGUUCGGAAACAGAAAGCUCUAGAGUUCUUGGAGACUUUUCACAUCACCUCAGACUCAGAAGCAACACUUGUUGUUCAUAUUACGCAGGAACUCACAGAAGCUUUGAAGGCCUUUUGUGAAAAGAAAGCAGCAGUUAAUUAUACUAACAGUCUGAGGCCCCUGAUGUCAAUAUCUCAGGAUGAAUUUCCAGGAAAGAAAAGCAUCCCAAAACAGUAUAAGCCAUACGGAAAAUCCAAAGGAAAUUCUAACUGGAAUCAAGGUUUUUUGUCUCAGUAUGAAGAGUGUUCUGCAGCUGCUUCUUUUGCUCCUGCUAACUCAUACAGUUACCAAACAGAUGAUGGAUCAUCUUCCUAUGGACUAAGAUCUAAUGACUUUGCGAUGAUGUCUGUGCUCAGGGACUCUUUUGCUCUCCAGACUGGAAGUCCUGCCAGUGGUAUCAGCGAAUGGCUGAGACAGUUCAGCCGAUCUGCUUCUGGCAGUAAUUCAGCUGGUGGGGCCUCUUCCUACGAGACAAGUCCAGUGAGUGAGUACUCAGCAGAAUGUAUGUCCAACGAUGUGCGAGGAAGUAAGCUCCCUGAUAACAGAAUCUUGUGUGGCGGGGAAAGUACAAACUGGAGGAAUCAACAAGCGUGUACAAAAGCAAGAAGUGUAAGUGAUCAAAGAUUAUCCUAUCCCAAUUCUUCUGCCUCAUAUGCUUCAUCUGGAAGAUAUUCCACAAACUAUCUUUUGCAAAGCUAUUCCUCUUACAAGAAUGAUGAGUCUGUGAAUACUUGUAUAUCUUCUGCAAAUUCUGCUGUUUCAGGAAGAGGUGGCUCCAGGUGGAACGAGGACUCUAGCUGGAAUCAGAGCUCUGGCUGGAACCAUGAGAGCUCUGGCUGGAACCAUGAGAGCUCUAGCUGGAACCAUCAGAGCUCUAGCUGGAACCAUCAGAGCUCUAGCUGGAACCAUCAGAGCUCUAGCUGGAACCAUCAGAGCUCUAGCUGGAACCAGGAAUCUAGGUGUCAGGGUUUCAGGCAUCAGAAGUCAGGCUACAAGAGUGAUUGGAGUUCACAUCAGUAUUCGUUUUCAGGCAGUGGUUCAUACAGAGAUUACCAGCAAUUCAGAAGCUCAGAUAAGAUGUUUGAUGAAGAUGCUGUUGGCCUUACUCCCAACAUUUUGAAUAGACUACGAGGAAAGGAUGUACCUACAAUGACCAGGAUGCUCAAACAGUUGGCUCCAUAUUAUCCAGCACUUCAAAAACUAAAUAUUCAGACAUUAGUCAAUGUGCUAGUAGAAACUAGAGGAAAAGAUUAAGGAGCAACAGCAGCUGAACUGGAAACAGAUGAACAGAUUGGAGAAUCUCCAUCUCUCGGCUUUCAGGAAAGAGACUGCAUUUAAUUCUGUGUUUGACUGGUUUUGGAAGGGGAAAGGGAGGUAGGGUUUAAUUUCUUAACAUGUGAAAUAUAGCUGGAACACAAACUUGCACAUAACGGAGGUGAACAUACUAUUUUGUUUAGGCUUUUUUAAUGUAUUUGUUAUAUCUUAGUAUAUUACAGAAAAAAUCUUUUGUUAUUUUUUGAAAAUAUGUUAAUGUUAUUCUGUCAGCAAAAAGCUAAUAACCCUUUUAACACCCUUCCCAAUUCAGAAAAAAAGAAACGUUUAGUUUUAUGUUAUCUACUUAGAAUAUUCACUGAAAAUACAGGUCCGUUGCAUGAAAACACAGGUUUACUUUUCUUCACACAAAUGUAAGGCCAGUUCAGUUAAUUUGAGGCUUUAUAAUUAGCAUAUUUUUAGAAAUUGAUACACGACAUUUCUGUUUAGACGAAGAAAGGAGAAUGUCACAGCAAAGGUAUUCUCUGUCUUAACAUGAUGCUAUAUGAGGAAAAUGUAAUCUAUUCUAGGGGAUUGGUAUGUAAUGGAGCAUAUUACUUGCUUUCAUUUUUGCAGAGUAAAACCAGUCGUGAAAUAUAUACAGAUUUUUUUAUCACGUUGUUCGGAAUGAAAUGGUUACAAAUCAACUAAAAAACUCAUUUGAUGGAUUAGUCCAUAUUAAAAUAAAAAUUCUUGAUUCUUUCUACUGGCAAAAGCGUACUAAGAAAGAGUAGAACCUAUAAGGCAGUCAGGUAAAAUAAUAGGGAAAAAUCAAAAUGGCAUGCUAACUGAGAAACACUUACCAGUUCAUGAUGUUUGUCAGUGGUCCCUACUUACGUUUUCUUUUCCCCACGCUUCUGAGCCACAUGCUCAUGAAUGCCUGGCUUUAGAUGUCUACUUUAUCUAAUCAGAUCAAGCUUACAUGGAGCUAAAGAAAAGAAGUGAGACAGUUUACUCCCCAGUGUCCGUUUUCCUUUUCACUGCUGUGUUGUGGACUGUCAUACCUGAAAUAUUUCUCUGUCUCUGUGCAUUAAAUACUUGUGCUAAACCAGGGUUA